GAUGAAAUUUUCUGAAGACUGAAGCUUUCCAGUCCAUGUUUUCUCACCCCCAACCCACCAUGCAACAAAGACACGCGACAGCUACACCACACGAAGACGACAACAACGACGAUAAUAGUAACCCAAAUCCUAUCUAUAGCGUGGAGAACCUUUUAAUACCUUGUUACCAGCCUCUCUACGUCCAACGUCCAAGAGACUUUUGGCAUCGAGCUGUGAACGCGCCGAGUUAUCGUGUCCUGCUCUGCUGAUCGUCUUGGGGGAAAACACCUUCCUCCCGCCUGGUCUUGACCAGCACCUGUUCUCUCUUCGGCUCACUACCAUUCCAUCCACCCAGCCAACCCGCCAUGCCGCCAAGGUUACCCUCGGCGGCAUGUCAAUGGCGGCAGGUCGCCGACUGCGUCUCGUUCUCGGCCUCGUCCCCCGCAUCCUCCGUCCUCCUCCCUUACUCCACCUCCAUAAUACCAUGCGCAGCCACAAGGCCAGCAGCAACACCACCAACACCGUCACCACGAAGACAACAGCAACAAAGUAGGAGCUUCUCGGCCACGGCGGCGGCCGAGACGCGGCUGCGACGCUUCUUCUGGCAUUGGAUCAAGCGGCAUAAGCACGUGCUGCGCGAGUCACAGGGGCAGCAUGACCAGCCCGAGCCCGCCUACAUACCCCCCGGAUUCGGGCGCCAGAACAAGCGCCUGCCCUUCCCGCUCAACCCGCAAUUCCAAAGCCACCCGGUCCUGUCCGAGGAGCUGCGCAAUGAUAUCUGGAAGCGCGUCAUGAUCCAGGGCGAGCCCAUGCUGUCUGUGUCGGCCGAGCUGGGAGUCGACGUCCGUCGCAUCGCGGCUGUCGUGAGGCUCAAAGAGGUCGAGGAGGACUGGCUCAAAAAGAACAAGCCCCUCGCCCGCCCCUACGCCAGGGCCAUCAUGGGCAUGCUCCCGCAGACGUUCCCGGGCACGAAGCACGAGCCCUUCAACGAGAUCCCCGUGCACACCUUCACGACGCAGCAGCUCUUCGUGCCGACGUCCGAGUCGCGCCACUUCACGCGCGCCGACGCCGCCGAGGCCUUCAACCGCAGCAUGCUGCCCGCCGACGCCCGCAUCCCGCACAAGGAGCUCGUCGAGAUGGAGCGCCUCGUCGCCGUCGAAGGCGUCGCCCCCGUCGAGGCCCAGGCCGCCUUCCGCGCCGCCGCCGCCGCCAAGGAGCGCGCCCUGGCCGAGGGCAAGGCGAGGGCCGCGGAGCGCGAGCGCGGGCGCACCACGGUCGUCAGGUCGUCCCGCAAGGUCGAGUUCAGGUUCAAGGACUACAACGUCGACACGGUCGGCAAGCAGGGCAGGUCGCGCCACGGCCUCGGCUGGCGCUACGGCGCCAUGUUUCUGGACCGCAAGAAGAGCCAGGUCAAGAUCCCGACCGAGGUCUCGUAGUCUCCGGCCAGACCCUUGUAGCAUCUUUGUAUCAAUCUGUAGCAGACAUGAAUGAAUCGAUGUAUAUGCUACCGACAAGUGCA